AUUUGGGUUUGGUUAUUUAUUGGUUUUGGUCUCAUAUUUGUGAAGCUCUUGAAAUAUUUCUAAAUUUAAAUUCAAAGUGAAUGGUACUUCUUUUUUGGGCACGGUGCAAUCUAAAGAUUUGUAUUUGUUAUUAUUGAAAUUAUAAAUAAUAGCAAAAAUGUACAAACAUUUGAUAGUUGUCAUUGCACUAUCAAGUCUUUGCUGUUUCUUGUAUGGCAUAGCAAAUAUACUUUUAAAUGUUGAAACAAAUGAGUGCCAAAUGACUUAUAUGUACCAGUUACCUACAUUUAUCAAAAUUCAUGUAGACGAAGGAAAACAAUUUCCGAAAUACAACUUAUACAGUUAUGCAGAAGGUAGUUUAAUUGAAAAUGCGAGAUCUCUUAAAUUUAAUGGUGCUCCGGUUAUAUUUAUACCAGGAAACAGUGGAUCACACAAACAGGGACGAUCUUUGGGGUCGACUGCACUUCGAAAAGGCAUUGACAACGACUUAAAUCACCAUUUGGAUUAUUUUCUCGUUGACUAUGAUGAAGAAUUUUCGGCAUUAUUCGGCGGUUAUCUUAACAAUCAAAAAGAAUUCCUGAAAAAAUGUAUAACAUCAAUUUUAAAGUUGUACAAACAUUUGCCCAAUGCUCCAAAACAAGUUGUGCUAAUUGGUCAUUCAAUGGGUGGAAAAGUUGCACAAGCUUUGCUUACAGACGAAUCUGUAGCGGGACUGAUAAAUACAAUCAUUUUCAUAGCUACGCCUAUAGAUCGACCGGUAGUUAAUUUCGAUGUUCAUAUGGAAGCUGCUUAUCGUGAAACCAAUGAUUACUUACAAUUGGCGCGAAAAACUUUACUAAUCAAAAAUGACACAAACUAUUGUACAACUCCAUAUUCGAAAUCAUCAGAAGAGCCCAAGAGUUUGGAUGAUAAGCUCCUUAUAUCAAUUGGUGGAGGAAACAGGGAUCUAUUGGUUCAUGCUGGGUUGACGUACUCAAAAUUCAGUGAUAUAAAUGUUAUGACUUCUACUAUACCAAAUGUCUGGUUAAGUACGGAUCAUGUUGCAUCAGUUUGGUGCCUUCAAUUGGUAUUGGUCAUCAAUCGGUUUCUAUUUAGUAUCAUUUCGUCGUCUCGGGCAAACGCCAAACUAGGAUUAACCUUUGUUGAGGAUAAAUCUACCCGAUUAGCUAAAGCUGAAUAUUAUUUUGUGCGUCCUAAGUCAAAUACUAAAAAUCGUAAUUUUAGUUUAACAUUAAACGAAGAUUCUGAUGAAUGGUUUGAAGAUACGCGAAGAGUUUUCUCAAAGGAUUUUUCAAAUGGUAUUGAUCAUUUUUAUAUUCAAAUGAUUCCAUUAAAUGAGAAACGUCAAUAUAAAAGAUUAUAUGCUGAUGUUAUAAACUUAGAAUCAGAAGAUUGGGUUUUCGGUUGCGAUGCUAAGGAAUUCAAACCAAAUAUGAAAUAUUGUUCAACUGGACAAUCCAUUUCCCAUCACGUGGAAAAGCUCCCUAAUAGCAAACAAAAGCGGAUGUUUGUGUCAGUAGACUUGCAUAAAAUCAAAAAAACUUAUCCCAAUUGGACACAUAUUGUCCUGCGGAUCCCACCAACAAGAAGCAAUGUUAAAUUAAAUAUAGACAUUCAUGAUCCUGAAGAACGAACUUUGAGAAUAAAAGCUCCAAAAUGGUUUUCGUAUACUAAAAAUCAAUUAACAACUGACUCAACACUUGGAGCAUCGCAUUAUAAAAUCUUAAUAUCAGACCUUGACGAAUCACAUCAAUCUAUUAAAUUUAACAUUAAACCUCACGUAUGCUCGAAACCGACACACAAGGCAAUUACUAAAACGUGUGUUCCUUGGGCCAAAGGAUUUGAGCGUUAUCAACACAUUUCCGAUUCAGAGAAUAAUCCACUUCUUGUGAGUGUACCGAUUUCAAAACCAAGUAGUUACAAUACCACGUUAAACCCGGUUACUAUAAACUUACACUUGGAUCCUAAUUGUCGUUAUCAAAUAACAUAUCAAAAUUCAUUUGAAGGAACGAUGUCUCGCAUUGUUCAGCAGUAUGCCCAUUGGCUUCCUGCUCAUUUAACAGCAGUUCUUUUAUUAUCAUUCAAAUAUCAACUCUCCUUGACCCCGCAUAGGGCGCCAUUUAAAUGUGGUAAAGUGCAUUCGGCCAUUGUUCAUUCUGGGACAUUCUUUAUUAUCACUGUAACUAAAAUAAUUUCAAAAAUCUUACAAUCGGUUAAGUUUCUACCUGAUCCAGACAAUUUUCACCAUUCUAUGCUUAUAUCAUUUAUAAUUCAUGGAUCUGCUUCUGCAUUAAUGCUAUUAUCUGCUGCUGGUGUAUGGGCAAUAAUAACGUUUUAUGGAAACAUAAUACAUCGAAUUUUCUUAAGAUUAACAAGAUUAUCAACGCCGGUAUUUUCGAUAGCAUUGCCAAUAAUAGAAAGAUUCCCUAUAAUAGCUGGUGUAGCUCUGGUUGCUAUUGGUUUUGCUUCUUGUGGUGGAAUUGCUUUGAUUCUUGGCUGUUUGGUGUAUCUUAUGCUUAUAGCUAAACAAUAUGAAGAUUAUUUGGAGACAUUUGUGUUUGAAACUGUGGUGACAAUAGCUAAAAAAUUAUUUGGUAAGACACUUCCAACAACAGAAGUCCAUGAAACGCGUGCAAAUACCGAACAAGAGUUCCCCGACGACACAAGGCAACACGAUGUUGAUGAUGACCAACAAAGCUUAUUGGUGUCAAAUAAAGAAGAUAGUCAAGCUGUCGUAAAAGCUACAAAUGAAGAAACAGAAAGUUCAGAAAUUGAAGAUAUCAACGAAUCCAGCGAUCAAGACAAAGAACUCGAACAACUCUUAAACGAGGCCAUACAAAAACAAAAAGAAAUUCUCAAAGAAAAACAAGAUAAACGACAACAAGAACGAAUUGAAUACGAUGCGGUUCAUGAAGGUUUAGUCAGUGUGAAUUUCCACAUGACACUAUUUUUAUUAAUGUGCAUAUUGACAAUUGUUUUCAUCCCAACGACUAUAUCAUGGGCCAGGGACUUCAGAUAUUCAAAACGACUAUCGCCAGACCCUUCACUUUUCCCAGCAACUAUCGUUCUUGUGUGUGUCUUUGGUCUUUGGCAGAUUUCAGCUCCGAAAAAUUUAUAUGCCUAUAAUUUCGUUGCAAGUAUUUUAUAUGCGUGUGCUGCCAUUUGUGUAAUUUAUUGUCAGGAUUCAAUUUAUAGACUUAGUGCUGUUAUACCAGCAGUUUUCGUUAUGGUUUUUUUACAUCAAAUCUUUUCAACAACAAAAAGUGUGGAAAGUGAUUUUGAUCCAGACGUACAGGAGGUGCAAAAUAGAAUAGACAAAAUGAAAGCCGUAUUAGAUGACGCUAAUUUGAAGAAAACUGAUUGAGUAUUUGCUUUUUAUUGUAAUUACCUGUUGUAGAAGUUCUAGUCUAUGUAUUUGAUUUUUUUUUACACUUGUUAUUUUUCGGUAUUUUUCAUAGGCCUUUUUCGUAUUUAUUUAUAAAUAAAAAAAAAGUAAUGGACUCAGA